AUGGGUAGAACUUGUCCGUUCUGUAGUUCAUCUGAGAUUGAUGAAGAUCCAGCACGUGGGGAUGCCACUUGCAUGAGCUGUGGAUCAGUUUUGGAGGAGUCGAGGAUUGUUUCGGAUGUUCAGUUUCAAGAAACUAGUGGUGGAGGUCAUGAAGUUAUUGGUAUGUUUUUGAAUUUUUGUAUAAAGUUUGUAAAGACUUAUUAUUUUGCUUUUCGACGUAUAUUUAGAGGUUUUUUAUUGUCUAAAAAAAUGCUAUUUAGAAAUUUUGAUUUGAUAUAUGUUAUUUUAGGCCAAUUUGUUAGCGCUGAACGUUCGGGAGGUGGGAUUAAUGGCGUACCAGGAGCUCCAAAGUCAGAAUCUCGGGAAGUGACUUUUUACAAAGGAAAGAAGUUAAUUCAAGAGGCAAGGUUUCUUUACUUAUUGUUCGUGUUUUAGGUUACAAGCUUUGCAAAAGUUUACAUUAAAUAUUAAGUUCUAUCAUUUACCACAAUCCUUAUGUUUUUUUAGUUUAUAUUAGAAUUUUUACACGAUAUUUUGUUAUUUGCACAAGUCUACAUGGGCCAUAUUGUGUCAGAUACUAAAAUAUUGUUUUAGAUUGCAAGUCAGCUUCGUAUCAACACUCACUGUGUCAAUACGGCGUACAACUUUUUCAAGAUGUGUGUAUCUCGCAACUUUACUCGUGGUCGAGUGAGAUCUCAUGUGGUAGCGGCAUGUUUAUAUAUGACAUGUCGUCUCGAAAAUACCUCACAUUUGUUAUUGGACUUUUCUGAUGUUACUCAAGUAAACGUUUUUGACUUGGGAAGGACGUUGAAUUUUUUGACAAGAUCUCUAAAAAUCAAUCUUCCCACAACCGAUCCCUGUUUGUAUGUGCUGCGUUUUGCUAUUAUAUUGGACUUUAAGGACAAACAAAAGGAGGUAAGUGUCGAUGUUAAGGUCUUUCUGGGUAAUUAUAGUAUAAAAAAUAGUUUUUCAAUGUUAAAUUUAAAGGUUUUUAAAAUUUUAGUUAUUGAAAAAUGAAGACUGUUGUUUUUGUUUGUUUAGGUAAUAGUAUUUUUUAAAUUAUGUUUUACGUAUUCCAUUGACUGUUAUUUUAGGUAGUAUCCUUAGCAACUCGUAUUGUGCAACGAAUGAAGCGCGAUUGGAUGUCGACCGGUCGACGGCCUACUGGAAUUUGUGGAGCUGCUCUUCUAUUAGCUUGCCGUGCUUUCAACAUAAACAGAAGCAUUGCGGACAUUGUAAGGGUAGUGAAUAUUAGUGAGACCGUCGUACGAAAGCGAUUGGAUGAGUUUGCUUCAACUCCAUCCGGCAAUUUAACAAUUGACGAGUUUCAUGUUGUUGAUUUGGAAGAGAGUGAAGAUCCCCCAGCCUUCCAAGCUUCUAUGAUGAGGACAAAAGAGUUGGCACAGCGAAAGGAGGAAGAAGAACGUGCUGAUUUUGUUUCGAAAGAUGUAGGUAUUGAAGAGAGGGGGUUUAUUAAGAAAAAAAAGAUUAUAUUUAUGAAAACAGUACUUAAACCUGUAAAUUGUUUUAGCUAGGAUUCGUAAAAAAGGGACUGUCAUGUAAUCUUAUGAAUUUUAGAUUGAUGCGAUGCAGAAAGAGGUGGAAGAAGCUUUAAAACAAAAAAUGAAACGAUCUCCUUAUGCAAAAUUUAUGGUAGGACAAUUCAAGGAUGCGUCGGUGCCAGAACUUUCAAAUGCUGCUAAUGUGAUCCAGUCAGAGCUAUUGGAUACAGUCUACGAAGUUGUAGAAGAAAAUGGCACAAGUAAUCAUGUGUAAGUUUUUGAAUUGAGUUUGGCAUAGGAAUAUGUGGAAUUUUAAUAAUUAUAAGGUUUGAAAGAUCAUUAGGGGAUCUUGCAGAAAGUUUUGAAACUUUUUUGUUGGUAUAAAUAGCUAAAAUUGACAUUCCGAUUACAAAUUUUUGAAUUGUUUAGAAACUUCUUGUAAAAAUGACAUUUAUAUAACAAUUUUUUAUUAUUAAGCUUAUCAUUGAAAUAAAAUUAUAAAAUUUUUAAAAACGUAUAUUUAUGAAUCUUCAGUGAGCAGAACUCUCAACAAGGACCGUCCUUACGAUCAUUAGGCAUCAUCUCAGAGCCAGGACCAUCUACAUCGUACUACGAAGAGAAAGAUAAUGAGAAUGGAGAGUUGUGCUUAGAUGGUAUUGAUGAUGAUGAAAUAGACUCAUAUAUAUUGUCAAACGAGGAAUCUAAACUCAAAAGUGAAGUUUGGAUGAUGCGGAAUGGAGUGCAUUUACAGGAUAUGGAACGGAAGUAGGUAUUGGGGGUACUGUACAACUUAUUUUUGUCUUAAGUUGGAUUUUUUGAAAUUUGAUAGAGUUUUAAAAGUUUGGUACUUAAAACUCUAUUUUUUAAAAUUUUUUACCUAAAAUUUAACUUUAAAUUUUUUUAAUAUCAAAACCAAAAGUCAAUAAAGGACCAAAUUUUCAUAUUAAAGUGCGUCGGUAAAGUUUAUUACAACCUUAUAAUGGGUUAUUUGAACAGGAGGUGAUAGAUCAUAAAAUGAACGAUACCUCCCGACUUUAUUCGAUAUUGUUUUAGACGGCUGGCGCGGCUCGAAGAGGAGGAAAAGGAACGAGAUAAUCCGAAGAAACGGCGAAAAGUUAUAAACCGAAAAACCCCCAUAAACGCGUCCAAUCACACCGAAGCCAUGCUACAAGUGAUUCAGGAGAAGAAACUCUCAAACAAAAUCAACUAUGACAUUCUGAAGGAAAUCGAGUCGGUCCAACCGAAAGAAUUGGGCAUUAUGAAUGACCCACUAUCAGUGAUAACGAAAGAUAUGGACGAGAAGGCGGGCAAAGACCUCCCAAUGGGCUCAGUGUCAAGUCGAGCCGAAUCCCACGCCUCAGACACGACAGAAGCCGCGAAUACACCGAAUUCGGAUGUCGUUAACUCACAAGCUAAACCAACACUAACUGAAGAGACGGAAGCCAAGAAGGAAGAAGAACCUAAGCCAGCAGCACCGCCGGCACCAAAACCGACAUCAAGCAGAUAUAAGCGAAGUAGGUUGAUUUUUGUGAGAGGGGGAGGAGGGGGGGGGGAGGUGAUUUUUUGAAAAAAAGUAUAACAGGGGUGUUUUUUGAUAUUCUUUGUAAAAAUGAAAAUAUUUAGCAAAAUUUUAAUUUUUUUACUUAAAUUUCAAUUUUAUUACUUAAAAUUUAACAAAACUGGCUUCAAGGGCUCAUAUGCCAUUUGUACAACAACAAAUUUUGUAGAUAUGUUCCGACCAAAAGGCCCAGUUGCUCGAUAG